UUUAAUCAGAAUUUUAAACAAAGAAAAAACUUAAGUACACAGUUUUAUAUGUUUUAUUUUAUCACUCCCAAGGAAGGAAUGGCAUCAAAAUACUUGAACGUGAAAAUUGGAAAGGAUCUGAAAUAAUACAGCAAGUUGCAGGAAAGCACUCGUUACACGAAAAUUGCAAUGAUAAUGGCAAGCGUUUAUGCAACUUUGCCGAACUUCAAGGACUAUUUAUAAGCGGCACAUCUUUUCAACACAAACGAGUGCACAAACAAACUUGGAAGUUCCCAGGCCACAAUAGUGCUAAUCAAAUUGAUCACAUAGUAAUAGAUAAAAGAAAAAAUAUUAUAUGAAAAGGGGGCUAGAAAUAAUAGAGAAAGAAAUAAAGAAUCAUACGAGCAAAUUCCAGCUGAGAUUGGUGGAUUGCAAGAACAAGAACAAAAAUGGUGAUCUAGUGAGUGAUAGGAAUGAGCUCUUAAAUAAUAAUGGAGAUGACGCGCCUAUUGGACACGACUUUAAGCAAGUGUUUGAUAAACUCAACAGAAAAUGUAUCGACCAUCACCUAAAAGUACUGGAUAUACCACAAAAAUACAUAAAUUUGAUCAAUAUGACUCUUACACACUCAAACGCUAAAGUAAUAAUGAAUGGGGAAAUAUCUGUCAAAUUUGAAAUGAAAUCCGGCGUGAGGCAAACGCUUUUAUUUAAUUUAACACUGCAUUCAGCAAUAAACGAAAUAGCUCAAGGUGGCACAAUAUUUUAUAAAUCGACACAAAUAUGCGCAUACGCUGACGACAUUGUACUUCGUGCGAGAAAUAAGUAGGCUCUUCAGAACAUUUUCAACGCGUAGUGCAGGCUACAAGACCAGCCGGCCUCAAUAUAAAUAAAGAAAAGACGAAGUACAUGACACGAUCCUUUCAUGAUAGUAACAUCAGAAUCGGAAGGUCGAUGGCGGUGGUUGUUUCAAUGGCGGUGGCAGUUCGGCACUUGUGCUCAAAGGUGUUAACUUGACUGUGCACAGUGGAGAAGUGAUGGCCAUAUUGGGUUCAAAAGGCAGCGGCAAACGCGCUUUGUUGGAUGUCAUUGCACGUCGAGCUGAUGGUGUGACGCGCGGUCAAGUAUUGCUCAAUGGUUCGCCACUGACUAAAGCGCUCUUCCAGCAGCGCUGCGGCUAUGUGACACAAUCAUGCACUUUUAUACCGGGACUGACGGUGGCGCAGACGCUGCAUUAUACGCCGACGAUUCUAUCUGGUUAUUUGAAAAGCUCAAAGGUACGUCAAGUUCUUGCUGAUUUGGCGCUCUCUCAAGUGGCUCACAAGCGUGUCGAAUAUUUGAAUAUGAGUGAGGCGCGCAGGCUAGCCAUUGGCAUACAGCUAGUGAGGGACCCAGUAAUGCUCCUGCUCGACGAACCCACUCAGGGUUUAGAUCCACUCAGCGCCUAUUUGCUCAUAUCAAUACUAUCGAACAGCGCCAAGAAAACAGGUUGCGGUAUUUUACUCUCCUUAGAGAAGCCACGUUCCGAUGUAUUUCCCUUUCUCGAUCGCGCGCUAUUCCUUUGCCUGGGCGGUGUGGUCUACUCUGGCGGCACGCGCGCAAUGUUGGAAUAUUUUCAUAGUAUUGGAUUUCCAUGCCCACAACUCGAGAAUCCGUUGAUGUAUUAUCUGUGUUUGUCCACUGUGGAUCGCAGAAGUCGCGAUCGCUUUUUGGAGUCCAGCCAGCAGAUUGAAGCAUUGGUAGAGCGAUUUUCACGCGAAACGCCCAUGUCCGAUGCGCCGCUUAACACAAUGGGCAGCGGUAAAGUGCCACUGGCAUAUGGCAAGCCUGGCGAGUUGAAAGUCUGGAUUAUGUUGUAUUUAAAACUGCUGGCUUCAACCUUUUCCUGCGGCAUUGCUGGCAUGAAAGCGCUUUUUAUGCGUCUAUUAUUGCAGCCGUUAGCGAUGGGGCUUUUAUGGCUAUUUUACACUAAUGUUGGCGACGAUUCGCAUGGCUUCUUCAGCAAAAAUGGCAUGAUUCUCAAUAUUAUUGGCUUGGCGUAUGGCUGCGGCAUACUCACCACAAUUUCGCUAUUUCCCAUCUGGCGCAAACGAUUUUCACAGGACACACCCGAAGGCUUGUACUCAGGCGCUACGUUGCUGAUCGCCUACAAUUCCAUAGCCAUACCAUUUUCUUUGAUAUCGGCGAUAUUUGCCAGCUGCGUGAUUUAUCCCCUGCUAAUAGAUCCCAAAUUCCCGAAUGGCACCGUUUUCGCCUAUUUGCUGGUAGCGUUGUGGUCUAGCUUUGUGCUCGCCGAGCAAUUGAGCAUCGCCUUCUUGCUGGUCGUAAAGGUGCCCUUCAACGCCGCCAUUGCAGUCACUUACAUUCUCGUGAUUAGCAUAUCCUUGGCCAGUGGCACUGUGCGCUCGUUCAAAGGCCUUCAGCCGUGGCUGCAGGACAACACAAAGGGCACCCACACACGCUAUGUGUCUUCGUUAUUGCAUAGCAUCGCCUUCCAGUCACGCAAAAUGAAUUGCACUCCCACAGCGUCUGUUAUAUGCCCCAAACCGGCUGAUUUCCUGCACGAACGUCUCGGCAUGGCCGAUCCAGAUGAAACAAUUGAUGUUGCCGCCUCGUGCGCCUUCGCUGUUGGCUUGGCAGCCUUUAAUAUGUUACUCUAUUUAUUCCCAAUGCCCAGAUGUGUGCGACAGAAGUUUAAAGACUGAAUCAAUGGUUGAAGAGAAGAAACGCUUGCUCGUUCGCGCUCCACUAAAUUGCAUUUAAGGAUUAGCUGUAUUAAGUAUUGAAAGCUCUAAAAUUUUAUAAACACAUACAUAUGUACACCUACUUUUUAAUUUGAUAAUAAAUGUAUGUGUGAAUCAUUUCCUUUUAAGAGAUUUACAAAGCCCGAUUAAAAA